CUUUAUUGCGAACCUACCGUUUUUUCCCAUGUUAUUAGUAUAAGUUCCGCCACUCUCUUUCAUGUAUCACUCUGCCUGUGCCUCUUGUUAAUAAGCCAGGGUUACUCCUUAUUUCCUUCUUUCUCAGUUUUUUUAUCCAACACUUCUUUCCGCUGCCAUGUCGUUUAGAGGACUCAGUCGGCCAAAUGCUACAUCUGGCAUGGGCGUUGCUGAUCACACCAAGGAUACUUUUCUGCAACUGCAAAGGAAGAAAGUUUACCGAUAUGUGAUAUUUAAGAUAGAUGAGAAGAAAAGAGAGGUCCUAGUUGAGAAAACUGGUGGCCCUGCUGAGGGCUAUGAUGACUUCACUGCAUCUCUGCCCGAGAAUGAUUGCCGAUAUGCUGUCUAUGACUUUGAUUUUGUUACUUCUGAGAAUUGUCAAAAGAGCAAGAUUUUCUUCAUUGCAUGGUCCCCUUCAUCCUCCCGAAUCCGUGCAAAGAUGCUCUAUGCCACUUCAAAAGACAGGCUUAGAAGGGAACUGGAUGGUAUCCACUAUGAGAUUCAGGCUACUGACCCUACAGAGAUGGAUCUUGAAGUGUUGAAGGAUCGUGCUCGUUGAACAGUUUGUAGUUUAACUGUUCCAUUUGAGGAAUUCCCUUCUUUGCUUUGCCAACUCUGAAUUAGUCCUUGCUUCAUAAAGCUAUGUGCAGAAUCGUUUUCUGACACAACAUAGUGUAUGUGUAAAUCCUUGAAUAAACAGAAUCUGGUGAAGCUGAUAUGAAGCUCUGGGCUCACAUUAUCCUAUUGCAGUUAAUUCUGGUUCUUUCCUCUUUUUUUUCCUCUGAACGAAGAAUGUUUGUCAUUGGUAUUUGGAAACUCUUAAACUAUUCACAUAUAUAAUUGGUUUGUCUAAGAAUUA